AUAUAGAGUGAAAGACAAAAUUUGGUUUCUAUUUUUAAGAUGGGAUUAUCUUUCUUUUUCUAACUAGGCAGUUCUCUGCAAUCUAUCUGCAAUAAUCCAACUAAUAGAAUAUGCACAGUGAUAAUCAGAUAUUAUGUCUACCUGUUCUUUAUUUCAUUAUAGUGAUGCAUGAAAUAUUUUGUCAGGUAACUCUGCCUGGUCUGCUCAUAUACAGCAGUGUUUUACCAGUUUUUAUUCUUUUUUGUUUUUAGGGAGUUAAGAUUUUAUUUCCCUGGAAAAGGGGAGGGAGAGAGAUGUUUGGAUAAGCUAUCCAUAAUUCCCAUGUGAGACUAGAAAUACUAAAGAAAUAUCGGGGUGUCAUAGGAGGGAAUAUUCAACAAUAUUAAAACAUAGAAGCAGGUGGGCUGAUCAAAGUCCCACUACUCCUUUUUAUCUAUGCAAUGCAUGUUAAAAGGGCUGGAGCUUUGAUAACACAGUUGUGUCUGUCAUUUUGAACUUUUGAGUCCCUUUGAAGACAUCCCUGAGCAAUGUUUGCCAAUGAGUUCUUCAGUCCAUCCAUUCCCCCCAAUAGGAGUUUAAGCUCAGUUCAUCAAAAGAAAGAUGAUUUGGAUUUUUCUGCCGAAAACAGAGAAAUGCAGAAUUGAAUAAAUCUUGUGCCAGUCCUGAGAUACUUAGGGUAACUGUGCAACCAUAUGUCUUGCAUUUGGAACGCUUCAAAGAUGCAGCAUUGAUCCAGAAGCAGCUACUGAUCUGCAGAUCUUGCUGAAACUCCUGAAUUCUGCAUAAUGAUGUCAUUGGGACACUUAAGCAAGGGAGUCAGCCUAGAUGAACUUAUUGAUAUCUGUAUUGAUUCUUUUGAUGCAGAUGGAAACUUGUGUAAAAAUUACCAGCUCCUGUCAGUAAUUUUAACCAUGCAUCGACUUAUCAUCUCCUCCUCUGAGAUACUGCGAAAACUAAUAGAUCUAUAUAUGGGUGGCUUGAAAAAUAAUCCUUUGCUCUGCUGUAAGAUAUGUUACCUUGUGAGUUUCUAGAUUAUCAAAACUACAUCAUAAAUGGAUGUGUGAAGGACAAUCCGACAAUGGAACGCUCAAUCACGCUUUGUAACGGAAUUUCACAGUGGGUACAACUAAUGGUAUUAAAUAGACCAACACCACAGCUUCGAGCUGAAGUAUUCAUCAAGUUCAUUCAUGUGGCCCAGAAACUUUACCAGUUGCAAAAUUUCAACACAUUAAUGGCUGUGAUAGGAGGCCUUUGCCACAGUUCCAUCUCUAGACUUAAAGAAACAAGUUCUCAUGUUCCUCAUGACAUCUAUAAGAUAUUCAAUGAAAUGACUGAAUUGCUCUCAUCUGGCAGGAACUAUGAUAAUUACAGACGUACUUAUAAUGAAUGCAGUAACUUUAAAAUCCCUAUUCUUGGUGUACACCUGAAAGAUUUAAUUUCUCUUUAUGAAGCUAUGCCAGAUUACUUGGAAGAUAAAAGAGUUAAUAUGCACAAAUUCUAUUCUUUGUACAAUCAUGUCAAUGAAUUGAUACAGCUGCAAGAGAUAGGUCCCCCUCUGGAAGCUAACAAAGAUCUUGUCCAUCUCCUUACAUUGUCACUUGACCUUUACUAUACAGAAGAUGAAAUUUAUGAACUUUCAUAUGCACGAGAGCCAAGAAGUAACCGGGCUGCACCAUUGACACCUUGUAAACCACCAGUUGUAGCAGAUUGGGCAUCUGGAAUUGCCCCCAAACCUGAUCCAAAGAUAAUUAGUAAGCAUGUCCAGAGAAUGGUAGAUUCUGUUUUUAAAAAUUAUGAUCAUGAUCAGAAUGGAUAUAUUUCUCAAGAAGAAUUUGAGAAGAUUGCUGCAAGCUUUCCUUUCUCCUUUUGCGUAAUGGAUAAGGACAGGGAAGGUCUGAUUAGCAGGGAUGAAAUUACAGCCUAUUUCAUGAGGGCCAGUUCAAUCUAUUCAAAAUUAGGCCUUGGUUUUGCCCACAAUUUCCAGGAGACCACUUACCUAAAGCCGACAUUCUGUGACAACUGUGCUGGAUUUCUUUGGGGUGUUAUUAAACAAGGAUAUAGGUGCAAAGAUUGUGGAAUGAACUGUCAUAAGCAAUGCAAGGAUCUAGUUGUAUUUGAAUGCAAGAGAAGACCCAAAACGACAGCUGUGGAUAACAGUCCAGCAUCAGCUCUUGCAUCUAGCCUCUGUCCCAUGGGACUUAAAGAGCAUAUGCAUGGGCUGGAGGAAGGAGGAUUUCCAUUUCCUAAUGGCGAGAUGGUUGAACAUAAUGAAGGCAGCAAAGAUAGAACUAUUAUGCUCAUGGGAGCAUCAGCCCAGAAAAUCUCAGUAAGGCUAAAGCCAUCUGUGGUACACAAAGGUACACAAACUGAUACAAUGAUGGCGCUCGGUGAUGAAGUGUCUAAUCUACAAAGAGAGUCUGGAACAUCAUCUGAAAGUAGUUUUCUCCAGCCGUCUCCUCUGUGUCCAUGUCCAAGUCCACUUCUUGCUCGGAAAAAGGCAUAUGUGAAAUGGGAGAAUAAGGAUUGCAGUCAAAAAAUGAAGGAAGAUUCACAAACACUAAAACCCACAUAUCAAGAACUAGAAAAGGAAAGAAAUGUUCUGACUGCAGAGAAUGAAGCUCUCAAGCUGCGUCUUAAACAAGCUCAUAAGAAGAUUGAAUUCCUCAGCAUUCAACGAAAUCACAUACUGGACACUAGGGAACAUGGAGAUUGCUUGUAGCUUAGAAAAAAGACAUAUUGAGGAAAAGGAUAAAGCCAAUUUGUUUUUUGAGUGUAUUUAAGUGUAUGCAGUUAAAUGUUUGCAGCAUGGCAGGAAUUUAAAGUAAGAUUGUCUUAUUUUGACUGCUAUUAGUACUUGUAGAUGUAUAUAUUUUGUGCUAUCAGUUUAAAUAGUUUGCCUUCUGUUUGGCUGAAGCUACAUCAUUUGGAGUUCCUGUUAUUUGUAGAGCAAGGAAAACACCUGUUGCCAAAGUAACCAAACUGCAUUAUCAAAUAGGAAUGUGUACCUUGGGCUAAUUGUUGCUAAUUUUGGCAAUGCAAACUUGAAAAUAGGCAUGAUUUUUUAAAUAUAAAACUUAACUUCACAAAUAUUGCUCCUUGAAUGGGCACAUGAGUCAAAGAACCAUUUCCAUAUUCUUUUUGAAUUGGUUGGUCUCUUUUUUCCAAGAAUGCCCAUUUCAGGUAGGCAGUUCCAAAAGCUUCCUCUUGGCAGAGGUGCACAGAAUAUGGGCAAAAAUAUAAAGAUGCUAGCCACAAAGAUACAAUCAAAGUUCCAUCUGUUUUUUAUGUACAUUGCAUACACCCACACCCUGUGGCAGGGUAGUUCGAUAACUUAAAAGACGCCGGAGAAAGUAUGUAAACUGGAGUUUACUUCAUGUUUUCAGCAAAAAAAAAACAAAAACAAACCCUAUAGUAUGGAAAACCAUUGCUUUCCUUAAAAGCUUCAGCAUUUGUUUAGUGAUGAUGGUGGCUUCUUUAUGAUCGCAAUGGUUGCUAUACAGCUGCCACAAAAAACUCAUAAGAUUAGAUCAGUCAUGUGGAUGAGUCAUUUUACGACCAUCAUUAGUUAUGACCAUGAUGGACAGGCUCCAUUACAGUCAUAAGUCAAGUAGGCAUACAUGCCGUGUAUUGAUUCAGUUAAGAUGCAAAAUGAGAAGAAAUAAUAUGUAAAUUCAAUGUGCACCAAUGUGGUAGAAACUAAGGUGGUUUGCAAGAGUAGAAAAGAAUGCAGAAUUACAGCAAAUGAGGAUUGUGCAAACUAGAUUUAAUUGGAUUUCUUUUCUCCUUUUUGCACACCACUUCUAACUCAUUUUCUGUACUUUGCAUAACAUUUAGUUUGCACUGAAAAGGAAUAGAAAAAAGAAAUAGCAUGUUGGGUAUGUGCAGUAUGUAUUUAUCCUUAUAAAUACAAUGUUCAUUUGAUUCAUAGUGAAAGGUGCUAUACUUCUUUUGUGACUAUGGCGAAAGAAAAUAUUCUCUCGCUUGCAACAAUCCAGUGUGCAGGAUUCCCCAUCCCCUCUGUACUUUUGCCAUCCCAACCACUUACAAAUAUCUGCGUACUUUCCUCAACCUGCAGAGCACCUCGUGUAUAUCUCUCUGACCAUAAUUUGAGAACCACUUGAUAAGCACAAGCGAUGCUAAAAGCCACUUUCAGGUCUCAUGUCUACAUUUCUUUAAUAGUAAUUUUAUUUAAAAAUUGCAAUUAAAAUUGCAACAAUAAAAACAAUACAAUUAAAGAAAAAAUAGA